ACUUGCUCUGCAGUAACUAUUAGGAGACGCGUGACAAUUAGUGGUCGACAUCACGUCUUCCUUAUUUCCCUUAUCAACAAAUAUUAUUUGCUAGCACUUAGCUUAUUCCACAAUGGCUUGGCGUUGUUCAGGGCGAGAAAAUCUAGAACUAAUUCAUAAUUUAUAUAAUGCUGGAAUAAUUACUUCUCAAAGAGUUAAAGAUGCUAUGUUACAAGUUGAUAGAAUAUUUUAUUGUCGUGAUCCGAGUAAAGCUUAUCUAGACUCUCCACAGGAUAUAGGUUAUAAUGCUACUAUUUCUGCCCCUCAUAUGCAUGCUUUGUGUUUGGAGGAAUUAAAAGAUUGCUUACGAGAGGGUUCUGUGGCUUUAGAUGUUGGCUGUGGUUCAGGAUAUCUUACUUCUUGCAUGGCCCAAAUGGUUGGAAACAGCGGCAAGGUCUACGGUAUAGACCACAUCAGAGAUCUCAUCCUGUUAAGUGAGGCCAAUACUCGAAAAGGGAAUCCGAAUUUACUUGAAGCUGGUAUAGUGAAGUAUAUAGUUGGCGAUGGGAGACUUGGACUCGCUGAGUUUAGCCCGUAUGACGCCAUUCACGUCGGAGCGGCCACCAAGGAGAUCCCACAACAGUUAUUGGACCAACUUAAAGUCGGUGGAAAGAUGAUUGUCCCUGUUGGUGAUGCUUUUGGGCAGGAGCUCUUGUUAGUGGAGAAAAAAGAGGAUGGAAAAUUAUGCAAGAAGACGGUGACUGGUGUGAUAUAUAUCCCCUUAACUUCUGAAGAUAACCAGUUAAAACGGGUUUUUUAAGGCUACUUAUAAUAUAAACCAU